AUGAACAAGAUCAUCAUGGGCAUUGCCUUCUACUUCGGCAUCAACGUCUUCCUCAGCUUCUACAUGGCCAAGGACCAGACCGGCGUCGUCACCACCGACCCCGAGACCGGCGAAACCAUCACCGUGCCGGGGAACCUGGGCAAGAUCCCGCCCUUUCAGCUUCGACCCAAGCACCUCGACGAAGGCGCCACCUACAGACACAUUCCCAAGAUGAUCGCCCCCAUCUGGCCCCAGGACAGUGACAUUGAUAUCGUGGUCACACUCUCACCUUCGCCUCACCCCACCCCGCUGGCCCAGGUCCCUGCCGAGUAUGUGGUGCUCAACGAGACGCGGUUUCACAUGAACAACAAGACGGACAAGCGAUCAGUCGACACUACCUUCCCCGUGCCGGAAGCCGUGCAGAAGAAUGGCACGCUUUGGGGUCACUUCUACAUUGGUCUUCCCGGAAGCGUGCUCGACCCGUAUCUGCCUGGUUUUGAUCCCGGACGGGCGUAUCACGUUGCGCACCCUCUUACCCAGUAUCUGCCCAAGAAGAAGAUAGCCAAGACGAGGAAUCUGCUGGAGGAUAUGCCUGUUCGCGAAGAGGAGCCGGAAGAGGAAACGUCGGGCCCCGUCAUUGCGAACUACUACCACCAGAAUGCCAGCUUCUCCCUUGUGCCCGGUCUCGGUGUCAAGGAUCUAGACACUGUUCAUCCGGCGCUCAAGACGUUCCUUCGCCUCGAGGCAACCGGCGCCCGCGAUGGCACGGGCCAGAACGGAUGGUACUACCCGACCCUGUUUGUCAACACCUUCUGGCAGCUGAAGUCCCAGAUGACGCUUCUGAACGACACCGUCAAGGAGCUGCCGCUCCAUAUCGACCUCGAUAACAUGCCUGGCUGGAAAUUCUAUAUAAUGGCCGCCGUCGAGCAAAACUCGAAGGAGAAUGCUCGUCAGGCCGCCCUGGGUAACCCAGUUCCCGGCGGCGGCGACGGAUCCGAGAUCGAAAUGAUCAAGGAAAUCUUCAUCGACACCAACCCCAUCUUGCUCGGCAUCACCGCCUUCGCGAGCGUUGCCCACAUGAUUCUGGAGACGCUUGCCUUUGGAUCCGACAUUGCCCACUACCGUAAGAAGAAGGACAAUGUUGGCAUCUCGGUCCGCUCUAUCUUGGCCAACGUGUUCAUGCAGACGGUCAUCUUCUUGUAUCUGCUGGACAACUCGCAGAACACGAGCUGGAUGAUUCUCGGCUCCCAGGUCGUCGGCAUCGUCAUUGAGUUUUGGAAGAUUACCACCGUCGUCAACGUCCGUUUCCGCGAGACAGCUCCGGGCUCACUGCUGCCGUACUGGUUCGUGUUUGAAGACAAGCACAAGCUCACCGAGACGGAGGAAAAGACCAAGGAGUACGACGAGAUUGCUUUCAAGUACAUGUACAUCCUGGCCGUGCCUCUGCUGAUCGCCUAUGGCAUCUACUCGCUGGUCUACGAGUCUCACAAGUCGUGGUAUUCGUUUGUCAUCACCACGCUCGUUGGCUCCGUCUACACCUACGGCUUCCUGAUGAUGGUGCCAUCUCUGUACAUCAACUACCGACUCAAGAGCGUGGCGCACAUGCCCGCCAAGGCCAUGAUGUACAAGUUCCUCAACACCUUCAUCGACGACCUGUUCGCCUUUACCAUCAAGAUGCCUAUCCUGCAUCGCCUGGCAACGUUCCGAGACGACAUCAUCUUCUUCAUUUACCUCUACCAGCGCUGGGCUUACAGGAUCGACUACACUCGUGUCAACGAGUUUGGCCAGGGCGGUGAUGAUGAGGAACCCGUUGCCGAGAAGAAGGAGGAAGACAAGGACAAGGCUGCUGCUGCUAUUCAGGAUGCGGCCGGCGAGAAGGACGGGGCCACGGCGACUGGAGCCGAUGCCGGGAAGGCAACGAAGAGGAAAUAG